AAUUUCAUGGGACUGAAGGGCCCGAGGCUGUGGCAGAGUGGAUCCGUCAGUUAGAGCAGAACUUUGACAUCCUGCAGUGCUCUGACGAGCAGAAGGUUAUUUGUGGCCAUUAUAUUCUUAAGGGAAGUGCCGCCUUAUGGUGUUCUGGCUAUUGGAGGUUGAGGCAGGUGGAGUUUAAUGUCCUGACUUGGGAUCGCAUGAAGGAGGUGAUCAUGGAGAAGUAUUAUCCUCAGGGUUAUCGCAUGAGGAUGGAGUGCGCUUUCUGGGAUCUUACUCAAGGGACUGGUACUGUUGAGGAGUACGAGAGGGAGUUCACCCGCAUGAGAGCCUUUGCUCCACAUAUGGUGGACACUGAUCUGAAGAAGGCCCACAAGUUCUGGGAUGGUCUGAGCCAAACCCUCCGUAUGCAUGUUGCUAGCCAGGCGAAUCUUUCCUUUGAUGAGACCGUUAUUCGAGCCACCCAGCUUGAGAGUUAUCAGACUCUCAAUGUUUCUGUCCCUUCCGCUCAUCUAGUUCAGCCUAUUUCCUCCGCACCGCCCGGCUCUAGUUCGGGCAAGAGAAAGUUUGAUUCCCGUCGGGAUAACUGGAAGGAAAAGCGCGGUGGGAACGACCAUCGUGGUGAGCGCCCCUUCACACGAGACCAGUUUUCGAGGUGCCGCAACUAUGGUCAUUAUCAUCCGGGAGAGUGCCGGUACACCCUGCGAGUUUGCUUCAACUGCAUGAAGCCCGGUCAUUUCUUCAGUGCUUGCCCCGAGCCCCUGAG